AUGGCGGUGGAGACGGAGAGAAGCGGUUCCCGUAGAUCGCCGCGCCGCGGCAGCCGGAGUUUCUUUCCGGCACCAUCCUGGCCCUGUCUCCUCGUACUCCUCAUCCUACUCGUAACUUCCGCACAUGCGAUCUCCCAGGCUGGGUGCGUACGACGUUUGUAUUUAGGCCCUUUUUCACCCAAUUUCAUGUCCUAAUUGAUCCCGAACGCUCAUUUACGGGUUCCCGCUUGUUUCUUGUUUGCAGGAAUGGGGCUGGGUACUCCGUCGCUGGACGCAUCAAAUUUGAUGGUACUCUCUCUCUGUCUCUCUCUGUCUCUCUCUGUCUGUCUGUCUCUCUCUCUCUCUCUCUCUCUCUCUCUCUCUCUCUCUAUCUUCCGUCUCCAUCUGCAAUUAAUAUAAACUCGUUUGAUUCUUAGAUUUCCAAUCGGUGGCCUGAAGGGCUUUAUUUUGUUUCGUCAGGAUAGAUCAUAGUGAGUUACGAGGGGAAAUUUUUUCGAUUGGUUCUGUGCCAAUGGUCUGUCAUGAGCUGACCUAAUUCUAAUAUCAUUGGCAGAUCUCUUGUAUUUGUGAUAGCUGCGCUUCCAAAAUCAGUAAAACGUUGCCAAAAUAAAAUUACAAAUUCUUUCGGAAGACAAACUGUAAAACACGGGACAUUUCGAAACAAAGGACGUUCCAAGACAGCAUUAAGAGAAAAUUAUUAGAUAUUUCAGGAGGAACCAUUAAAAAUGGGAAUAUCAAAGAGAUGGGAACACUCAGAAGAGCGACUCGAUGGAAAAGGUUUCCCCAAAGGGGGACUAACUGAGUUUCCAUGGAGCCAAGAGAAAGUAGGUGAGGUAACACCCGUCUUAGUCAGGUCGACCCCCGUCUUGACUAAAUUAUGAAGUCGCCAUGUCUUCCAAACCCUCUAUAUUAUUUCUCCAAAAUCCACCCUGCAUGCUAACCACUUGGAGGCUGUGAUUGAUGGUAAUUUACCGAAGAUUGAUGUGCCAUCAUCAAUAGGAGUAUGAGCUGUCAUCACUCCACAUAUAUUCUCUGCUCUUUUACGUGAAUUUCUCUCUUCCUUUGGCUGGCAUCUGGUAUAAUGUUUCUCCACUGCAAGUACUCUAUACAGGAUCUAAAAGGAAUGUCUAUUUUUAAGGUAGGUUUGUAAUGUGGAAAAUCUUGAGUUCUCUGCCAGUACGAAAAAAAUAAAAAUGACAAUUAAAAUUUUGAUAUGUUUAAGAUGCAUCCUAAUCUCUUAUUGAGUCAACUCAAGCUCAAUUAGGAGACAACUUAUGUUCUCCCUUUUCUUGGGCCUUUUUGGUCCACUUGGAUUGGGUUGGAAAGUGCUUGUACUCAUGUAUUUGAUGUUGAAUUUCAUUUUGGCUCUGGUUGUGCGAAUUAGGUGUUCAAUACCUGUAAAUUUUUAAAAUAAAAAUGCUACAUCUUUGAUCUCUUGGCUCACUUAACUUUAUUCUUUUCUGGCCACUGCUAGUCCGCAUGGUUGAUGAUGUGUUAUCUAGUCCUUCAGAUAUAUAUAUAUAUAUAUAGGCAAAGUUUUAGAUCUAGAUAUGAAGCAGAUCUGGCCUGCGUGAAAUAGUUUUUCUGCCAUUGUUGAUACUUCAUAACAUGUUUAAUUUUUUAUUGUGAUCAUAUUAAGGUCAAUCAUCUUCAGAUGAGGCACUUCCUCUUUUAUGAGAAAUUCUUUGCUGCCUAGCAUUGGAUCCGGUGAAUAGGUGACAUAUUUCUUCAAGUUUUUCUGCAUAACCUUAUAACUAGAUUCAUCACUAACAAGAAGACACAUUAUUUUAUUAACUCACUUAUUGCUUUGUGUCAUCCAUCAAACUGAAUAAGUAGAUUACAUUCUUUGUUUUGGCAGCUUUUUCAGUGGAGUUGAUUAAGUAACGUAAUGCUAAUACUUUAGAUCAAAAAGUUGGUCAGUUCCUCCUGAGUUGCCUUCCAUCUUCAGCCAAUUCUUUUGUAUGCUGUGUUAAAUGGUUGUAUUAAACUAAAACUUUUUUUAUUGAUCGUGUAACCAGAUCCCAUGUAUUUCUUUGCAUAUGAUUCUUUUGAAAUUGUCUCCUGGUUCUACAACAGGAUCCCACAUAGUUUGAUUCGUCAAGAUAAAGCCAGGUUGGUUCCUGGCUCUGAUGAGGACCAUGCAACUCAUUCUUCUUAAAGUGGGAUAUGACUCAGAGAGGGAAGGUUAUCUCCUUCAUAUUGGAAUCAUAAUGAGUUGCACUAUGUGGGAGAGUACUGGACGAGGACAGCAGAUUCUAUGGCUCUAGGCCUAGCAUUCAUGUACACUUUGUUUGUAGUGCAUUCUUGAAUCAGACCUCUGCCAUUUCUAGUGAUGAUUGAUGGAGCUUUUGCGGCUUUGACAUAGGGUACUGUGGAGACUGGAAAGCAUUACAGUUGGGCUGAAACUAAUCCCCUGAUGUUGCCGUGCAGCAAGAUAGCAUCCUCUGUCAUUUUAGUGCUGCCUCUUUCAUUUGGACUCUCUGCUUAGUGUUGGAUGUUCAUGGGCUGAAAGAUGACAAAGCGUGGACACUUUUAUUUGACACCUUGUAGGAGGCAAGGAAUUAAACUGAUCAGAUAUUUGCACAGUAAAUGUUAUAUUGUGGACACAGACUAGCUGUUGAUAAGUGACAUUGGGAUGUGAUUGAGUUCCUGAGUACUUGUUGAUUGGUUAGAAUAUACCAAUCUGAUGGACCAUUUAUUUCAUUUCAGGAUGAUAGGUAGCAUUCUUUGAGGUCUCUACUACAUAAUUUUUUCCUUGUUGCUUUAUAUUUGAUUUGCUCAUCUAAUCUACCACCUUUUGUAUAGUAUCUAUUUUUCCACUUAAAGAAACUCUCCGACGGUGUCAAGUCAUGAUGAUAGCAUACGUUGAGUAUUUCAUACAGAAAACUUUUGUUGAUGAGUGCUGGUGGGUGCAGAAAAAAAAUCUAGGAAGAAGGUAUCAUCCUGCUCGAAAGACGUGAAGAUAUGAACUCAAGGAGCUUAAAUUACACAUCGUUAAAAUCUAUAUAUACAUAUUAAGGACAGGAAAUCGAGAAAUGAGCCAAUGUGGUUGUCAUGCUUCCCACUUUUAUGAGUUCACAGGUUUGCCAAGGUUCUCAAAAUGUCUGCCAUCUAAUGGCUCCUUUGAACUGAAAUAUUGUGGGCAUACAGUAAAAGUGUGCUCUAUUGGAUGCUAAUUGUCUUUAAAGUGUUGUCAUCCGUGAAUUCCUUGGCUCUAAGAACUGUCGGCUGCAGAGAUGCUUUAGUCAUCUUAUCAUUUCCUAUUUUAUGAACACUGCUUUUUUCCAGUAUUUUAGUAUGCUGUAACAACGUUUUAACGAACCCACAAUUCUUGGCAGGCAUCAGCUCCAAAGGUUCUGGACUUCACACCAAGAAGUCAAAUGUGAAGAUUAUACUUAAUGGAGGCCAAAGGGUUACUUUUGCUAGGCACAACGGAUAUUUUUCAUUGUAUCCUUUUCCCAUCAACAUUAUAUUUCUUUCUCUAUCAAAUCGUCAAGUGAAAUUUUCCCUUGCUAUCGUAUCACCUAUUGUGGUAAGCAUGUCAAAAAUAUGGGUUUAUGAGCCCGUACAUGAUAGCUAAUUUCCAAAACUAGAAAAGAAUAUAUGCUGUGGUUCCUUGAUCAACGAUUUUGAAGUCAUAAUGUGCCAGCUGGCACUCAUCUGAUUGAAGUGUCUGCAAUGGGUUUUUUGUUCUCUCCGGUACGAUGCUUCCCUUCCUCCCCGUAAAGCCUUCUAACUAUCAUAAAACCAGAAUGCCACAUCAUCAUAUUUAUCGUCAUUCUUUCCUCAGGUACGUGUUGACAUCAGUGCAAGAAACCCUGGUAAGAUUCAGGCGGUGCUGACAGAGAAUAGGAGGGCUCUUAGUGAAUUGAUACUAGAGCCACUGAGAGAAGAACAGUAUUACGAGGUAAGUACAGCAUAACUUCAACCAUCCAUUAUCCAUACUUUUGUGAAGUUUUGACUCUUCAUGUUGUCUGUCUGCUGGUGAUUUAGGUCAGGGAGCCAUUUUCCAUUAUGUCGCUUGUGAAGAGCCCCAUGGGCCUCAUGAUGGGCUUCAUGCUGGUCGUCGUCUUUGUCAUGCCUAAACUGGUGGAGAAUAUGGGUAAGUUUUCAUGAGGCGUAAUCCCUUCAUUAAGUACUGAGUUUUUUGAAGUCGCCGGCCCUGAACACAAUUUAUAAACCCAUGUAAUCGUGUAAUUAAUUUUAAACUCGAUGUCGAAAUAAUCUAGCAGAGUGUCGAAGCCAAUUGUUGUUCUCGUGUUGUGUGUACCGUAUGUUUAUAGAAAGGCAGAUUUAUCAUGAGAGAGUAUGCCAGAAUAGCAUCAUAUUUGGGAAAAAAAUAAAUACAAAGCUGGGGCCACUCUACUGAAUACCAGUUACUCCUGAGCCCAAUAGCCUGAGAAUUUAACACCGGCUGUUUAUACUGAGGUUCAUGUCGAGAGUUGGCCAAUGGCUUACUUCUUCUGAUCAUUCAGUCUCCCUUCUGAACUAGUGAACUCUCUCUUCAGAAUUAUAGAUAUUGACAAGUUAGUAAAGAUAAUCUGAGAAAAAGAAAAAAAAGGUAAAGUCGUCUGGUUAUUUAGAUGGGGUUUCUCAACUCGAUGCUAAUUAGUUUUGAGCCAGGUGACCCAAUAAUUUCAUAGAACAAAAACGGGUCGACGAUAUUGAGACCCAGAUCCAGCGUUGGCUUAUCUCUAUUUUCCGUAGUUAAGUCGCCGUUCUAACUGGGGCCAGCCAGCAAGCCCUAUUUUUAGUAUAUUGAUGUGGACAUUUUUUAUUAUUUUAUCAGUUUACGAAUGAUAAUCUGGCCGUAAUUUUCACCAAAAAUGGCAGUCGUGCUCGCCUUAUCAAUCCAUCUCAUAUACCUAGUAGUGUGUUUUAUUUUAUUUCUUUCUGCUGGCAGAUCCCGAGGAAAUCCGCAGAGCUCAAGAAGAGAUGAGAAGUCAAGGGGUUCCCUCCUUUUCGAACUUGCUGUCUGGACAGGCACAGCGGUAG